AUUUGUGUUUGUGUCAUACUCGGAUUUGUGGUUGUGUGAUACUCACGCAAUAUUUGAUCAUGUUUCCCUAAAACUUGUUCCUGAAUAGUGCAUCUUAAAUGACAAGAGUUGUUUGCAGAAGAAGCCACUGCCAUGAAGGUCCUCAAAGUGCUGAUUCCCGGUACGGAGCUAGUUGGAUCGCACACGGUCUACUACAUCGAGGUUUACAUCAGAGAGUACUCUUGGCUUGUGGCUAGAAGAUAUAGAGAGUUUUAUGAUCUUCACGAGAAGCUUGUGAAAAGUAGUGGGAUAGAUCGCUCCCUAAUACCGCCAAAGAAAUAUUUUGGAUUUCUUCAACCGGAGUAUGUGGAGAGGAGACGGCAAGCACUGGAAGCAUACUUUGAGACACUGUUGUCAAGGUUUGGAGAGAACUUACCGAAAGAAUUAUUGGAAUUCUUAGAGACAGAUAAAUUUGAUGUUUGUGGUGUUACUCAUACUCUGGCUAAAGAAUUGUUUCUUACUGGAGAUGCAAUUCUGGAAAAGGAAGAACAGUUUACCCUUACACUGCUUCAGCUACACUGUAUAACAAGCAGGCUUGGCAUAGCUGCACCAACAUGUGAUUCCCAUUUUCGACAUGGUGACAUAGGCAACCUGUAUGACUUUUUGUAUCAACUGAAACACUUGAAGGCUUCGGGUAACAAAAAGCUGGUGGAACUGAGUGACAACAUGACACUUAAAUGCAACCUUGGUAUAUUCAAGUCUUUAGAGACCCUUGAAAUUGACAACUGUGAAGUGGAGCCAUUGGAGGGACUAAGUUUUAUUCAAAGCCAGAUAGAAAAACUCGCAGUUCAUCAAUCAAUCCACUUGCUGAAAGUAAGUAGGAUGAUGAGCAUUUCUAAGCUCGCGGGAAGAUUUGAGAGGAGUCAGAGAGAGCUUUGCUGGGGGUCUGGGACUAAUACGGUGCUAGAACCCUUGGCCCAGCUCUCCUCGUCUCAAGGACUUAAACUUUCCCGCGGGCGGAGCUACAUUUGUGCCGAAGCCAACAACAAGAGAAUAUCUCAGGCCAUCGCAUUUUACAUGGCCUUGUCGAAUCUGGUCGAGCUGGAUUUUUCCUACAAUAAAAUCUCAAGUCUUGGAAACAACUUGAAUACGAGGCUUGGGAAUAUCAAGAAGUUAAACCUGGCAGGGAACGAACUUAAUAAUGUGGAAGGCCUUGACAAGAUGUAUUCCCUAACAGUUCUCAAUCUUAGCGAGAAUUUCUUCACAGACAUCGGCGCCAUUUUGACGUUAGGGGAAUUACCGUGCUUGGAAAUCCUGGAUUUUAGAGAUAACGCCAUGACAAGGGAACCGCUGUACCGUGUCAGGGUCUUCGCGGCAUUUGAUGACCGCGCUGAACAGCUUGAACUUGAUGGCCAGCACCCAUCAUAUAGAGAAAUGAACAAGAUCCGUGAGUUACUCCAAGAAGAGCUGAAUUUCGAAAUUAUUAAUUAUCCAACUCCACCACAUUACUCAGUAUCAAAGAGAAGCAAUAAAAAGGGCAGAAGUAUCGAUAGAGUGAUAGCUCUUGAUUCAGAAACAGAAGAGCAGUCCAGUACACCCGUAACAGAAUCCAAUUCGUCUGUGGACGAAUCAGAUGCCGAGUUCCGUUCCCGAGUGGAGAAAAUUCGACAGAUCGGUGGAGACGCAUGGCUUACGUUAUAUGACGAGGUACACUCAGAAGAAGAAAUGACACAGGUCCAACCAAACGGCGAAGUGUCGUCGACAGGUGAUAGAAGCCAUACUGAGCCCGUAAAUGAUCAGCAGUCUCCUAAGCAUGACACGAUUGGUGGGAACUUUGAAAGUCCUGACAGCCCAACAGAAGAACAGGGAACUGCAGGCGCACGGAGAGGGAAUGAGACUCAUCCUAGUCGUCUUCAGUUUGGUUUUGCGCCUGAGCUGGAAAAACUCGUACACGACAGAGUGGAAUCAAGUGCAGACUUGACCUCAGGCACAUAUAUGGUGGAAGUCGAAGGAGAAGUGCAUAAUGAAGGGAGUACAGAGGAAAGAAUGGUUGGAGUGGACCUUUCCAAAGGGGUCAUUUUCGAGAUACAGAUAACGACCGGGAAGACAUUUGCAAAACAUAAUCUGGAGGACAUAAGCAGUGUCGACAUUUUGGAACUGCAUGACACCUUCUGUGUCGAUAUCCGGGACAUCUAUUCCAAGGAAUGGCGACGUCAUUAUGCUGAUGAUAGCGACAAUUGCGUUCAUAACAGAGACUAUCGUCAAGUAGCCAGGUAUCGCAUGCGUUCAAUGGAAGAUGCUGCUGAGCUGUUUGUUCUGCUUUACAAGUUUAUCACUGAAAGGUCCUCCAAGGAUGCCAUUCCCAGCAUUGACAUCCAAGAACCGCUUGCAGAAAUCUUCUCAGCGAACAUUGUAGAAUGGCCCAAUCCAUUAGGUGUACAACAAGACCUUCUGCACAAAUAUUUAGACGAUUUCCUUCAGGAACCUGACAAGAAACAAGGAUUACAUUGCACAGAAGUAAAUUCCCUAGACACCCGACGUAUGCAGAGGGUCCAAAACAUUUACCAGACCCUCCACGCUGAGUUCAUAGACGUGGGGUGCUUAAGACAUGAUCGCUCUGGGCCCUCUCCCGAGAGGGUCCGCCUGAUUUUGUGGUCUGGCUGUCUUCCGUAUGUGUACCCAGAUCACGAGCUUCCCAUUUGCCUUCUAAUGACAAAUCUCAACAUUUAUUUGUUUCAUUCGUCGCAUUUAGACUCGCCUGAGCGUAUUCACACGUUGGCAACCUACAGUGACUUACAAGACGUCUUGCAUUGUUUUUACAGCUUCCCAGUGCAAGAGCUGAAUGAAGUGGUCUUCGGUUUAUACGAUCAAGGCUUCAGACUGGAAGUGAAACUCGAUGGGCCUCGAGGGACCUUUACGAUAAUCACUCGCGAUGCCGAGAAAACGGAUAGAUUUUUAGGAACUUUGAGAGAUGUGCUCGGGGAACCCUUGAAUGAGGAGCCUUCUAAUGUUCGUGCUUUUAGAAGACAAUUUUCAUCCGGGAGUCUUCCAAAACUCAGUUUUCCAACCGAAGACAAAAUUGACAAAUUAAAACAAGAACUUGCAAAAUUCGGGAAGGCUUCUUCCACCGCGGAAAACCAGCAUCUGCUUAUGUACUCUAUCGUCCGAGAAAUUCCCGACUUUGCCUUGCUAAAUGUGCAGGAAAGCGCAGAUCUCACAAAGAUGCUCCGAAGCUUGAUCGUGACGAACUCGGAGAUCUAUCUCUGCGACGAGGAUCAUGUACAUUGGCCGCUGCCCUCAUUUGUGCGGGCGCCGCCGUCUACCCCUCAGUGGGUGGUUACUAAGUCACAACAGAUCAGUAAGAUCAUCGGGCUUGAAGUGUUUGAACUUAAGGGCAAUGUUUGCGACUUUUUCGGCGAGUUUGGGCUCUCGCUGAUCUUUGAUUGUGAUGAAUCGGGGACACCAUCUCCAGGCGAACAACACUCGUGGCAUUUAAUUUUCCGAGCCGCUGAUGAACGCACCCAGCUUCAGCGGUCGCUGUCACAGGUAUGGAAGGACAACUUUCAAGCCGAUCUUAAAAUCACACAUUCAAAGCCCAAGUCGUUCCCAGUCCUUCAAGAGAAAAGGGAAGAAAAAGGGCUCCUAGAGUCUACAUCUUCGAAUGGUGCACAAACACACCUAGGUACCCCAGUAGAGCCGAAAUUUAAAAAGACCCAUCGGAGGGUGGGAUCGGAUUUUCUACCAAUUUUCAAACCAAACAUGUUGAAUAGCCUGGAGAGCUUAGUCGCCCUGGAUAGAAAAGUCCUGGACGGAUUUUUUCACAAAUGGAUUUCGCAGAAACAGAGCGACGAGGGUGAAACACUUCUCCAUGUGUUAUGGACGGGCUGUACACCGUAUCUGUAUCCGUCGCUGGAAUUCAAAGUUUGUAUCUUGUUGAGCAAUUUGUACGUGUAUAUUUUGGCGGAUAAAGAACACAAAGUCUCCAUCAACAAACAGAAAGGAAUAAAGUUGAAGAUUUCAGAAGAUACCGACUUCACUGAUGUUAAACCUACGAUCUGUUUUAAUUUCAUUCCGAUAACCCAACUUAGGCAGGUUUGCGUGGGUUUGUUUGAUCAAACGUUACGAAUCGAAACAGAGUUGAAAAAGAACACGUUUACUCUGAUCACGCGAGAUUUCAAAUUGACCAGUACUUUUCUGGAGAGAUUAGGCGCGAUUUUGUCGUCGAGGCAUCGUGGUGAUUCAUCGCCUCUGUCGAGAUCCGACACGAUGCUCACGAGUAUCUACGACUCGCAGUCAACUGCCGAUCAUGAUCCGAACGCUUUUCCGAAAGCAGAUUAUCAGCACACGAAUGGUGGUGUGCGCUUCGUGUAUCCGAACGAUGACACGUUGGAGAUUGUGAAGGAUGCCAUUGCCGAGUUCAGCCGCCAGUCAGUUCAUUGCCUCGAGCUCAAACAUGUGGUCAUUUUGGUGUAUCUCUUGGUCUUCCACGAAACAGAAACGGCUCGCGAAGAACCUCGCACUCUUGUAAUCAUGGACAAGUCUCUAUGCCUUUGCAUCGAAGAUCAUGUCAACUACCCGCUGCCGUUAUUUGCUACAGGACUUCCCGAGAAUCCGCAAUACGAUGUGCAAGACCUGCGUGACAUCCAGUCACUGUCACGUGUUGAAUUUAGUGACUUCAACUCCUGCGACUUUACAAUGGUCUUCUCGCCGACUCGACCUCAAGACGAGGAUGCACCAGAUGGCUUUGAUUCAGCGAGUAUGGGCGAGUUGUGUGUCAUCACACAUCACUUGCCAGAUCCCGAUGAACGCGAUAUUUGCUGGAAAAUUGUUGCUCAGACUUACGAGGAAAAAGAGAAGGCUUUGAGUCUGAUCUGCAAGCUCUGGGCCGACAUUCAUGGCGGCGCUCUACCUGUUAUGAAAGCUACGAGGUAGGAAUUAAGAUGCAACGAAAUUAAACGAAGCUUAGCGGUUUACAACAGCAGUGGAGAAGGUAGUAGCUUUGAAAGGCUGAGAAAGUAAAAUGAAUUGGGACAGUUCAACAAUAUCCGCUCAAGACAUUCAAUCGAUGCAAACCAGAAUGGAAAAUUUGGGAAUCAGAAGGACAAUCCUUCAGCUGCCGGGGUUAAGAAAUUUCCGUCAUAUUUCAGAUAUUCUAAAAUUGCCCUCUUUGAAGGAGCAAGAAACUUGCCUUGAUACGAAGGGGGUAUCGAAAACUUUGUUUCAUACGGAGAAGGUGCAACAAACAAUGACAGACACUGUUUACCAUACUAGCAAUGUACAUAUAGUUUUUUCAAUUCGUUGAUAAAGCCGUGAAACAUGACUCUAUUUUAAACAGAAUUUUUCGAAGUUUUUGCAACUAAGGCACAAGAAGAUCAGUUCCCCUACUCGAAUUUUUUCUAGAAUAUGGGUUCCCUUUGAAUUACUUGGUAGAUCUGCUUUUGCGAAAUAUGAGAGGUCGUAUAGAAUUCCUUUAUAUUUCUGUAUAUGUUCAAGAGAAUACAUUUGUAUUAUGA